CCUAAAGAAGUGGUGGACAUGUCAAAGUUGCCGUUAUAUUUAUGAACUCCGAAAUUUCCAAUGCAGAAGAAAACAUAGUUAUUACCGUCAAAAUACAUUAAAUACCAACAACUUGUUAGUACUAACUAUCUUACCUUACAUUACACACUCAUUCACACUCACUCACCUUCUUCGUACUCUCCGUCAGUUAGUGUCAGUCAUUUCAUCAAACACUUACAAUGCAAUCAGUUCAGAUUCAACAACAACUUCCCUCCACUCUCCGUCCUUCACCGCUCGAACCACUUCGCCGUAAAUCCUCCAAUGCCGCCACCGCCACCGCCAAAACAAAGAGAGUUACUCGUAUCUCCGCCGCGGUCACCACCACCACUGCGCCUCAAAGAGAAAAGGAUCCAAAGAAGCGUGUUGUGAUUACCGGUAUGGGUCUUGCUUCGGUGUUUGGAAAUGACGUUGAUGCUUACUAUGAUAAGCUUCUCGCUGGUGAGAGUGGUAUCACUUCCAUUGAUAGAUUUGAUGCUUCCAAAUUCCCAACUCGAUUCGCUGGUCAGAUCCGUGACUUCAGUUCUGAGGGUUACAUUGACGGGAAGAAUGACCGGAGACUCGAUGAUUGUCUCCGGUACUGCAUUGUCGCCGGUAAGAAAGCACUCGAACACGCUAAUCUCGGUGCUGCAAAUUUAUCCAAGAUUGAUAAGGAACGUGCUGGUGUUUUGGUUGGGUCAGGAAUGGGUGGUUUAACUGUAUUUUCUGAAGGAGUUAAGAAUUUGAUUGAAAAGGGAUAUAGAAAGAUAACACCUUUUUUUAUUCCUUAUGCUAUUACAAAUAUGGGUUCAGCUUUGCUUGGGAUUGAUUUAGGUUUUAUGGGUCCAAAUUAUUCUAUUUCUACUGCUUGUGCUACUUCAAAUUAUUGUUUUUAUGCUGCUGCCAAUCACAUUCGUAGAGGUGAGGCUGAUUUGAUGAUCGCCGGUGGGACUGAGGCUGCGAUUAUUCCGAUUGGUUUGGGUGGUUUUGUUGCUUGUAGGGCACUUUCUCAGAGAAAUGAUGACCCUAAAACUGCUUCUAGGCCUUGGGAUAAAGCACGUGAUGGUUUUGUUAUGGGUGAAGGUUCUGGAGUUUUGGUAUUGGAAAGCCUGGAACAUGCCAUGAAGCGAGGUGCACCUAUUAUUGCUGAAUAUUUGGGAGGUGCUGUUAACUGUGAUGCUUAUCACAUGACUGAUCCAAGAUCUGACGGACUCGGCGUGUCUACAUGCAUCCAGAGCAGCCUUGAAGACGCCGGUGUGUCUCCUGAGGAGGUCAACUACAUAAAUGCACAUGCAACUUCCACUCUUGCUGGUGAUUUGGCGGAGAUUAAUGCUAUCAAAAAGGUUUUCAAGGACACUUCUGGCAUCAAAAUAAAUGCCACCAAGUCUAUGAUAGGUCACUGUCUUGGUGCAGCUGGGGGUUUGGAAGCUAUUGCCACGGUGAAAGCCAUAACAACAGGAUGGCUACAUCCAUCAAUCAAUCAAUUCAAUCCAGAACCUGCAGUUGAUUUUGAUACGGUGGCAAAUGUCAAGCAGCAGCAUGAAAUUAAUGUUGGCAUUUCAAAUUCAUUUGGAUUCGGUGGACACAACUCUGUCGUGGCUUUUUCUGCUUUCAGGCCCUGAUUGCCAGGCUUGUCUUCUCUUCAUGUAGAACACUGAAUCUAAAUUAAUUGAAAUUUUGUUCUCUCUACGUCAUUGAGGCUAUUUAUUAAUGAGUUCAUAAUAUAUAAAAGUGUAGUCCUGUAAUUGUUCAUUAUAUGCUAAUUGUGAACAGCCAGUUAGCUCCAAAGACUUUUGCUGUAGAACUUUUUAAAUGUAGCACUAAGAUUUCAUUGGUUUGAAGUUAUAUAGCGGAGAGAAAGUGUCGAGAGAGCUUAUUUAGACAUUCUUCCUUAUUGUUAAUUAAAGAUAUAUAUUAGCAUGUAUUUAUGAUACUUCUUGUUAUUGAAUCUUUGUCGGUUAUAA